GGAUGCUCUAACUAUCUGGGUAGUAGCUUGUUUCCCGUUGUCCGCUCCCGUUAUACUGUGUUAGGGUUUCAGAGAAAAGAACCACCCACCUCUGCUUCGUUCCUGAAUAAAGUGAACAGUAUUCACACUAUCAUCUUCUUCUUCUCCUGGUCUCUCCCUCUAGGGUUUUUCCGGGAACAGCAAUAGAAUGUCUCCUGUUGCUAGUCCCGUUGAAAUGGACAAAGUUUUCAUUGGAGCUGGAUGUAAUAGAAUUGUACACAACGUUUCAUGGGGCGCCUCUGGUUUAGUCUCUUUUGGUGCCAACAACGCAGUCGCCAUUUUCUGUCCCAAUACAGCACAGAUUUUAACGACUCUUCCUGGGCACAAAGCAGUUGUGAAUUGCACUCAAUGGAUUCCCAGUACCAAAGAUGCUUUCAAAGCCCAGCAGUUAGAGAGCCAUUUUCUUCUCUCAGGAGACGCAAAUGGUGUUAUUAAUUUGUGGGAACUGACACUUAAAGAUAGAAAGUGGAGGCAUGUCUUACAAGUACCCGAGCCUCACAAGAGAGGGGUUACAUGCAUUAGUGGGAUUAUGAUAUGUCAAACUGUUGCAAUAUUUGCUUCUACAUCUUCCGAUGGCAGUGUUUAUGUAUGGGAAAUGGUUCUUCCGUUGAGUGCCGCAGGUGAUUGUAGAUUAUCGCGCCUGGACUCUCUUUCUGUGGGAUCCAAAUCCAUGGUUGCGCUUUCUUUAGCAGUUCUGCCUGGUGCCUCUGAGCAUAUACUGAUAGCAAUGGGGGGUUUAGACAACAAGGUUCACCUUUACUGUGGGGAGAGGACAGGGAAGUUUGUUCAUGCUUGUGAGCUGAAAGGGCACACGGACUGGAUUAGGUGUUUGGAUUUUUCAUUGCCAAUAUGCAUUGACGGCGAAAAGGAUAGCCUUCUGCUCGUAAGUUCCUCUCAGGAUAAAUGCAUACGCUUAUGGAAGCUAGCUUUACACCAGUCUCCAGCUAAUACUGACAUACCACAUAGCAACACAGGCAUAAGCCUAAUGUCUUAUAUCGAAGGUCCUGUACUUGUCGCCGGUUCAAAAACCUACCAGAUAUCCUUGGAAUCUUUGCUUAUUGGGCAUGAGGAUUGGGUAUAUUCAGUUGAGUGGAAACCCCCCGCCAGUUCUUCCUCCAAGGGGGGUGAUGUAAGUCCAUCUUUAAGCAUCUUAUCUGCAUCAAUGGACAAGACAAUGAUGAUAUGGCAGCCUGAAAAGACAACAGGAAUAUGGAUGAAUGUUGUUACUGUUGGUGAACUAAGCCAUUGCGCUUUAGGGUUUUAUGGUGGUCACUGGAGUCCAUCUGGGAAUUCAAUUCUAUCGCAUGGGUACGGUGGUUCAUUCCAUCACUGGAAAAAUGUUGGGGUGGACUUUGAUAACUGGCAACCACAAAAAGUUCCGUCUGGUCACUUUGCAGCAGUAACAGAUAUUGCAUGGGGCCGUUCUGGAGAGUAUAUCUUGUCAGUUAGCCAGGACCAGACUUCUCGAGUUUUUGCUCCCUGGGGAAGCAAAUCUGAGCCAAGGGCUUCUUAUUCUUGGCAUGAAAUAGCUCGUCCCCAAGUUCACGGUCACGAUAUUAACUGCGUCACAAUCAUUCCAGGGAAGGGUAAUUAUCGUUUUGUUAGUGGGGCAGAUGAAAAAGUUGCCAGAGUUUUUGAGGGUCCGUUGUCGUUUUUGAAAACACUGAAUCAUACUGCCUUCAAAAAUUCUUGUGAACUGGAUGAUGAUCAAGAAGACAUUCAGAUUUUGGGUGCCAAUAUGUCUGCACUUGGUCUAUCACAGAAACCUAUUUAUCUCCAGGCUAGGGGUGAAGGCCCGGAGAAAUCUUGUAAUGAUUCCAUGGACAAUAUAGAAGCUAUACCAGAUGCAGUUCCAAGUGUUUUCACUGAACCUCCAAUUGAGGAACAACUCUCAUUUCACACAUUAUGGCCAGAGUCACACAAGCUUUAUGGGCAUGGAAAUGAGCUGUUCUCAUUGUGCUGUGAUCAUAAGGGGAAGCUUGUUGCUUCAGCAUGUAAGGCCCAAUCCGCAACUGUGGCAGAAAUAUGGAUAUGGCAAGUUGGUUCAUGGAAAGCAGUUGGGCGCUUGCAUUCUCACAGCCUAACGGUGACACAGAUGGAAUUCUCUCAUGAUGACUCUUUCCUUUUGUCUGUGUCGAGGGAUCGCCAUAUUUCGUUGUUCUCAAUCAAACAAACAGGUGGUAUGGAUGAAGUUGUUUGUGAUCUUGUGGCGAGGGAGGAGGCACAUAAGCGAAUAAUUUGGUCAUGUUCGUGGAAUCCAUUUGGCCAUGAAUUUGCAACAGGUUCAAGAGACAAGACUGUUAAGAUAUGGGGUGUGGUAAAAGAUGCAGCGGAAGGAUCACCUUAUUCAGUCAAGCCACUCUUGACAUUGCCACAGUUCAAAAGUAGUGUGAGCGCUCUAUCUUGGUUUGGAUCCAAUAGUGAUGAUGGACUUCUUGCGGUUGGAAUGGAAAGUGGACUCAUCGAACUAUGGGUGCUUUCAUGCGCAAGAAGAAUCCCUGGUCAUGAUUUAGUACUACCAGAGUUCACUGCUUCGCUUGUGAGGCAAUUAGACCCAUUUGUUUGCCAUGUUUCUACCGUACACCGCUUGGCAUGGAAGACCCCUCACCUUGAGGAGAAAACUGACGAUGAUAAUUCCUCCAGUAGGAUGGUGCAACUUGCUUCUUGUGGAGCUGAUAACUGUGUGAGAGUAUUUCAAAUGAGAGUUUGAUUAGUAUUAGGGGUAUUUUUGUUUGAACAUUAGUAGAGAUAAGCUGAAACAAAAAAAAGGAAAAAGAGAUGCUUAGUUUCAAUGCAGAUUCUUUUGUCUUUGUUUUUGAGAUCUAAUGCAGGUUCUGUUUCUUCUUUACACUACUAUGGUUGCACGUGUUAUGUACCUGACAUACACCUACGUUUUACAGAA